UCGUUCGAUGUGACGUAGAGUUGGAGGCGUUGGCCGGUGUCACUGUCCGUCCUGGAGAACCUGAUACGGAGCAGACGUCCUUUAAAGUAAUCCACGGAGAAACCGGACCGUUACAAAGUCUAACACUUUGACUUUUCGUUUUGUUUUUUAUUUCUACUUCCGCGUAGUAAUUUACCCGAAACUGUCGAGAUGAUCAAAAACGGCCACCACGCCACCGACGAGCAGCGGGAUGAAGCCGGCUGCCGUAAGCCGGGUGGCUCAGUGUGCAGCCCGGAGAAAAGAAAGCGCAUCGUCCGGUUAUGGUGUGACGGCUGUUAUGACAUGGUGCAUUACGGUCACUCCAACCAGCUGCGGCAGGCCAAAGCCAUGGGAGAUUAUCUCAUCGUGGGAGUGCAUACAGAUGCUGAGAUUUCCAAGCACAAGGGUCCUCCAGUCUUCACUCAGGAAGAACGCUACAAGAUGGUGCGGGCCAUCAAGUGGGUGGAUGAGAUAGUUGAAGGAGCCCCUUACGUCACCACCCUGGAGACUCUGGACAAGUACAACUGUGACUUCUGUGUGCACGGAGAUGACAUCACGCUGACGGUAGAUGGUAAGGACACAUAUGCAGAGGUGAAGCGCGAGGGCCGUUACCGGGAAUGUAAGCGCACACAGGGCGUCUCCACCACUGACCUAGUGGGACGAAUGCUUCUCAUGACUAAAGCUCAUCACAGCAACAUGGAUAAUCCAGAUUACCAGCAGCAUACAGACAACUUUGGAAAAGGUCCCAAAGGCCACAGUCCAUGGACAGGAGUGUCUCAGUUCCUCCAGACGUCGCAGAAGAUCAUCCAGUUUGCCUCAGGAACUGAGCCUCAGCCCGGAGACACAAUCAUCUAUGUGGCCGGAGCAUUCGACCUCUUCCACAUUGGCCAUGUUGACUUCUUAGAGAUGGUCUAUAAGCAGGCGGAGAGGCCCUACGUCAUCGUAGGUCUGCACUUUGACCAGGAAGUGAACCGGUACAAGGGGAAGAACUAUCCAAUCAUGAACAUCCAUGAGAGAACACUGAGUGUCCUGGCCUGUCGAUAUGUGUCAGAGGUGGUGAUUGGUGCACCAUAUGCAGUAGGCAAAGACCUGCUGGAUCAUUUUAAGGUGGACCUGGUGUGUCAUGGCAAGACGGAGGUGAUUCCAGACAAGGAUAGUUCAGACCCCUACGCUGAGCCGAGGAAGAGGGGAAUCUUCAGGACCAUCGACAGUGGGAACAAUCUCACCACUGAUGACAUUGUCCAGAGGAUCAUUGAAAACAGGCUGCAGUUUGAAGCCAGGAACCAAAAGAAGGAAGCCAAAGAGAUGGCGGUGAUCGAGGCGAUGAAGAAGAAAGAGCAGCAGGACCAGCGUGAAGCUGCAGCCCAGGCUGCUCACUAGAGAGACCUCAGACCUAGUCCUGUGUGUGAAUAUAAUCAUCCCGGUAGACACAGCUUUAAGAAGGUGGACUCGGGUGGACAAUGGGCCUGGCUGGAUGAAACAACCAAAAAGAGGGGCAGUCAGUCUCUUCUAGUCCACUGGGUGCAGAAUCUUGCUUUUAAUAUUGGGUGAAGCGGUGUGUCAUACAUGCUGCUGAGUUAGCUUUUCACUGUCCUCAUCUAUACAGACUACUCCAGUCUAAUGGGAUUAAAAUAGAUCUGCCUGGACAAGACCACAAAGAAUCUGAACGUGUAACAUAUUAUGAUUUAACCUGCAAAGUCCCUUUAAACCCCUUGUCGUCCACAGAGAACUUUUUAAUGUUAUCAUCUGUCACGUAUUGUUUUUAUUAUUCAAUCACGCACUAUGUGUUCCUGUAUAGACAUAGAAGUGGUAUGCCUAAUUCGUAAUAAGCCAUAACUUAUUGACAAAUCAUCAUUGUCAGUUAUGUUUUUAGAUUUUUAAACAAUAGUUUUUAAUGAUCAGUCUUAGCAGUGUCAGCACUAAAGCUCAAUGUGAUCUAUUUUUCUAUUCUAUUAUUAUAUAGACAUAGAUCUGUUAUUUAACACACAAAAUGUAGAUUUGUUUUCAUUUCUCUCACUAUGUUUUUGUCCAUCCAGAAAAAAAACAUUACUACGUUAAAUGAUCUGUGAAAGUGUUUUAAUUUUACCUGUGGAUUUUAACUAAAUUUGCACCGUGUGCGCGUGUGUGUGUGUGUGUGCGUGUGUGUAUGUGUAUGUGUAUGUGUGUGAGAGAGAGCAAGGUUAGUGAGUGUUUGUGCUGUAAAUGACAGUAGUGCCUCAUUCCCAAAGCUAUACUGUAACUAAUUUAAGGGCUGUGACUUGUAUAAAAAAAAAAUUCUUUACCAGAGCGUCUCUACAGCUGUCUGUAAAGUCGUCCUUCUUUCUUCAGUCUGCUUUCAAGAAAUGUGUUUUAAUCAAACUAGAAGGUUCUUCUUCAGACUGCUUCUGCAAACUUUUAUAGAUUGUAGAAGGUGACUGUUGUUAAACAGGACACAUUACUUGGAAGUGUGACAGUGUGUGUUUUAUUAAAUGUGUCUGUGAGUUGGAAUGAAAAAUAAAUACGUUUCUAAAUAUUAGAUGCAGGGACUUUCCACAACCUUUCAAUCACUAUGUUGCGAUGUGUCAAAUUCCCUUUUAAUAAACAAAUUGGUAACAUGGUGAA